GCCUGCUCAGUACAUUAUUUCCUGUGUCAUGCUUUUUGUCAAUAUGACAGAGGAGUAUUCCUGCAGAAGGCAAAGCUGCCCCCAAAAGUGAAGGGUGCUGCCCCCAGGGCUUCGAGCUGGGCAUCGUGAAUUCUCUUCAAGUUGUCAAAGUCCUGGGAAGUUUUGAUAAGCAAAUACUUUCUGGGCUCUGCCUCUUAUUGGCUGUUUCUUCACCGCCAGAUUUUGACACAAAUAAUCUGAUUGAAAAAUCAGGGAGGGGAACAGGGGGAAAAAAAAACAGAGAGAAAAAAGGAGAAGUAUCUAUUUCAACUGACUGCGACCAAGUGAAAAAGUGGAAGAGGAGUCCCCCGAGAGGACAACGUCUCGUGUGUCUGGGGAGAUUUCAAGGCAAAUCCAGUAAAGCAAAGUCCCUCAAACAGAAGGUGAAUGGAAGAUGCCACGUUCCUUUUUGGUGAAGAGCAAAAAGGCUCACACCUAUCACCAGCACCGCUGUGUGGAAGAUGACCUGCCAGUACUCACGUGGGGUCCAGUCUCCUCUGCCUUCACUGCCACAGGAGACAGGAGACCAGAGGACAUCAAUAAACAGGACCUGGGAUGUGUGGUUCCAAAACAAGAAAAGGACCCACCUGAACUGAAAGAAGACAGUGUCCCUGUCCAGUACCUGAGCAGGAUGCUGCCAGGCCCUUCAGCUCAAGAGAUGGCCAUGCCAGGGCUGCAGAUCAAGGACUGCACCAACACAGCGAGCACCCCAACCUUCUACAAAGCUGGCUUUUCCUGGGAUGCUUUCCACAUGCCAUACAGCUACCAGCAGAUGUCUUCCAGCAUGCAGUCAGCCCUGCUGGAGCACCCCGUGAGCCUGUAUGGGAGCCACCUCCUGCCCAGCACCGAGCCCCCCCUGGAUUACAGCCUGCAUUAUUCCUCAGACAUGGACACCUUCCACUGCGUGAAGUGCAACAAGGUGUUCUCCACUCCCCAUGGACUGGAGGUCCAUGUCCGAAGGUCUCACAGCGGGACCCGUCCCUUUGCUUGUGAAGUGUGUGGCAAAACCUUUGGGCACGCUGUGAGCCUGGAGCAGCACACCAACAUCCACUCCCAGGAAAGAAGCUUUGAGUGCAAGAUGUGUGGGAAGACGUUCAAACGUUCCUCCACCCUCUCCACUCACCUGCUGAUCCACUCGGACACGCGGCCCUACCCCUGCCAGUACUGCGGGAAGCGCUUCCACCAGAAGUCAGACAUGAAGAAGCACACGUACAUCCACACAGGGGAGAAGCCCCACAAAUGCCAGGUGUGUGGCAAAGCCUUCAGCCAGAGCUCCAACCUGAUCACCCACAGCCGCAAACACACGGGCUUCAAACCCUUCAGCUGCGAGCUCUGUGCCAAGGGCUUCCAGCGCAAGGUGGAUCUGCGCCGGCACCGAGAGACCCAGCACAGCCUCAAGUGAGGGGUCUGGAGCUCCCACUUCAUGCUCCAGGGAACAAGACUGUCCACAGCACCUCCAUCCAGCCCAAAAAGCUCCCAUGGUGUCCUGUGUUCCCCUAGGGACUGGCCAAGUACUGCAUUGGCUUUGGUGCUUGGCACCACAGGGCCUUGCACAUCCCAGAGAAACCUGUGGGAGCUUUCACUUUUCGAUUGCAACAGGUACCAGCCCAGAUCUGACAUCACCUGCUCAAGUGUAAAUCCAGAGGAAUUCCUCCAAGGUCACUGAUACUCUGGCUUCACACCAGGAGCAGAAUCCAGUUCAUCAGGCUGCCCAGUGGGGAGGAGGGGACUCCUGGGCUGGUGGCAGCAACAGUCUGUACAAAGCUGGUGCUGUAACCAUGUUCUGCUCCGAUGGCUGGGAAGAUAAGCCCAGGGCAUGCAAAUAGAUUGCAUUCAGUCAGCUGUGUUCAACCUGGACUGGCCUUCUGCAGAGACUUGCCCAGGCCAUAAAUUCUGCCAACAGACACCGUAAAGUCAUUUCUUUCAGCAGAGCAUUUACUGUGAUCAAAUGACAAGUUAACUGUGCUGUAUUUUUAGCUUGGAGUGGGAGGAAAAUACUGAAGAAACAGCUCCUAUCCCUAGCAGAUAACAGGGGUCUCUAAAUACAUUCCUCAGACACACCACGCUGCAGAGAUCCCAAGCAGGCUCCAGGAAGAGUCAGACCACAGCACCAGGCACGAGCUAAUAAUCACCAUGUCUUUGUAGCAUGGGAGAGUCUGGCUGCUCUUGGAAUCAGGGCUGGUAUGUCCCACAAUAUUUCCCUGCAUGCUGGACAUACCAGCUUAGAGCUGUCCUGAGUCACUGCAUGGGCAGGAGUGACCCUGGAUAUCGAUGUCAAGGGCCAGAUUUCUGCUUGCCAGGCACUCUCCUCAAGGAGGAAGUGACUGAGCCUGUACAUGUUGGCAGAGCAUACAAGUACCUCACAAGUAUUAUACAAAGAGAGCAGUGGUAUUUCCUCCUUUUGCCAGGUCUAGGGGUUGAAGCAAAGCACUGGAGCAAGUAAAGAACCAGUUCCCCUCCAAGCUCUGCCAGAUUCUCUCUCUAUAACCUUUGGCAAGUCGCUGCACUUGGCUUUUGUUUUUCCACCCCUCCUGGUGGCGUGGGGCCAUUCACUCAGGUUUGUGGAGUCCCCUGAGUUCUUAACAGGAAGGACAAAGUAUUAUUAUAACAUUAUUAUAACAUAGACAAGUGUUUUCAGUUAAUUGGGGCAUUGUAGCAGCACAUGGCUCACUCCAUAACUGCAUCCCUGAACACACGGCCUUGGACAAUGACACCAGUGGGAAUUACCCUGGGAGCAGGCUGUGGCCAUUCACGCCAGAGGCUCAUGAAGGAGUGCCCAUCAUGGGCAAAGACAAAAUGAUCCAAGUGGAAAAUUGAUGUAUUGCCAGGAGAGAACUGCCCUCAGUUCCACUGCUGUAAAUCCCAAGUUAUUCUCCUAAGACCUAAAAUGUUCUUGCCCCUUUUAUGCUGUGCCUAAGCUGUAAGUCAUUAAUAUGUACCUGGAAGCUCAAACCCAGAGUCUGUACUCCUGGCUUUACUUGUACACUGUAAAUAUGUAUUUAUACUUAUUCUACUGUAUAUUUUUAUUGCACUAUACCAGACAGUGACAUGUACAGGCCUGCUGGGAUUUAUCUGAUAAAUCUGUUCCUUCUUAGUAACUGGGCUAACACGGUGUAUUUCAUGUUCAAAACACUCAUUUAAAGAAUGGCUCACACCUGACUCUGGGGACACAGGCAGUGGGGAUGGGGUGCAAAAGAAGGGAAAGAGUCUAGGACUGUUCUUUAUGGUUUGAGUGGGAAUAAAGAUGGAAAUUCACAUGCAGGAAAGGGCUCCCAUUAGAGAGACUUUCAUCCUGGAGACAGAUUGGUGCAGAGCCCACAGAGCCAGAGCCAGCUCUGCAGAGCAGGAGGGCCACACCAGGUGCACGGAAUGUGUGUCCAACAGACAGUGCCAAAGCCCCCCAAAAAUCCCUGCUGUCCUUCCUUGAGCCAUUCUGGGGAAGGUGCAUAACCUGUGAUGGAACUGGUCCCCAGCCCCACACACACCUGUGAGCACCCACACAUGCACAAGCAUUGCUCAAGGUAAAGUCAUUUCAGAUUAUUAAAAUUACUGCCCAAAAUGCAAACUGUGUUUGUUAUUCCCCUUGUCCUCCACUAAUCUGCAAACAGAAAUAUUCGAAGAGGCUGUCAGCAUCACUUUGCUCAGAAGCAAAACCCUCCAGCCCCAAACCACACAGGCACACCAGCACAGACUUCCCUGGGGACAGCAGGGGUGUCUGACUCAUGUAAAGCUUCCCAAUUUUGGCCAUUUGGAGUCAAGUGCUGGCACACAUCAAUUGGCAAGAGUGCCUGUGACCACUCAUAAAACCAAACCAGACAGCUGGUUCUUCUGAGCCACACGAAGAAGAGCUGCUGUAUCCAUUAGAUUUUCAUUCCUGCCCUUGGUUUCCAAGGUACAGAGGAGCUAUAACCUUCAAUGGACAGCUGGGAUCUUCUCUCCUGUGUGCUCCUACAGCUCCUCCCUCCAAACACAGCACACAUCACCCCAGCCCUGUCUGCUAUUUCCCCAGGACUCCCGGGUGGGUUACUGAGCCCAGACAUUCCUGAAGAGCAGCUACACUGGAGGAGGCAGUGCCAGGAGAGAACUGGUGUUGUUAACACUUAGCCUGGUGCUUGUGAGGAGCCUGGGGAGCACAUCCCAGGAGAUCCAGGGACGGCUUUGGCUGGAUGGGCAGCGAGGGGAGGAGCAGCCUGGGAUGGCUGCAGG